AUGUCGACCAGUCCGUCCAUCAAUCGCAGAAACGAGGCUCGGUUAGUCGUCCGUUGUGAUAGACGCGAUCCCUGUGGCAAUUGCCAGGAUGCAGGCAUCUCUUGUGAUCGUCGACGCGCUGUGAAGCGCAAGUGUCUCAGUACUCGCCCCCAACGAGAUUCCUCUCACAGCCCUGCUCGCAGUUUGCGACAGCAAAUUAGCCCCAGUCGACACUCUAAUAACGCAAUUCCCUCGCAAUAUCAUGUUGUGCCAGCUGCGCGACUUACACCCUGUGAUAUUUCGAACACACGUGGGCUGCAAACCAGGACAUUAUAUGACCCAGUUCAUGAUGCGCAACUGACGAUUCAGCAUCAACUAUGGCUUUUGCCAGGCCUCACUCUCGAUAGACGCGCCGUGCUCGAGACAGCAUUGUCCACCAUGCGAACAAUGGCUGACACUUCCAGAUCACUAGUACAAAGCCAUCACAGUGAUCAACAGGAGGGAGAGUACUCUCGAAUACCGUCUGCUGAAACUCUUACCUGGAUGUUGAAAGAUAUCCAUACUGACAGAUUCGGGUCAUUCGUUGCAGAUUACUUCAGGCAUAUCUCAAAACUAACAUUAAAGAAGAUGGGUCUUGCGCUUCUUCGGAAGGAAGUAUCGUCUCACGAGUGUAUCAUCUACUCCGUUUGUUUAAAUUCAAUCGCCUACAAGUUUAUGACUACCGUGGUAAAUCUCGAAGAAGAUACCGACCUCGCCCUUGAGCUAAGGAAAACUGCCAUCGAGUAUCGAGCAGCAGCCCAAGCGGCCUUGAGGCAAAUUCCACUGUUGUUCACUCCAUCUCUUGGGUCCCUACAAGCUAUACUCUGUGGUGUUUUUCUCCACCAAGGGUCUGGCGACGUUGGUUUGUGUGGGGAUCUCACCAAAGCGGCCUGCAAUACUUGCAUUGCCUUAGAUCUCCAAAAGAAAGCUCUAGAUGGGAAUAUAACCGAAGAGGAGCUUUUCUGUUUUCUUUGGUGCUAUAUCUUGGACCGGAACUAUGCAUUCAAGUCACGAACGUCGCGCUGCCUUCUCAAUAGGCAACUACCCCUGGAUUUCAGCGCGCUACAUAAUCCCCACAUCCCAAUGGCCGAGCACUUCUCAAUCUAUCUAGAUCUAGCUCGGGUACAAGAUACCUUGAUUUCCUACCUACCCGAUGGCUCGUUGAGUCACCACAAUACUUCACAGUACGCCAUUCAAGAGCACAUGCUGGUGCAGAUGCAAUACAUCGAGCAGAGAAUACUCAAGAUUGCCUCACUAUCUACCGAGUGGAAAGGACUCGACUCCCAAACCGAAAUGUCAGCCCUCAAAUUCGCCUAUCAAUCAGUCAUGACCGGAAUCCUCUACCUCAUCCAACCCGAUCCCAAUCAACCAACCGUCCUAACACAUACCUACCUUCAAUCAGCCCGCCAGGAGCUUUCAGAACUUGUAUCCAUGUGCCACUCAGCGGAGAAGCAGACGGCAGUCAGCUUUCUAAACUGGACAAUUCUCCUAUAUCCAGCAACAGCGUACCUCAUCCUAUUCUGCAACGUCAUUGCAACCUCAGAUCUCGGAGAUUUCAACCUCAUGCAAGCCAUUGCCGAUUGCCUACCCCAAACAGGAAUCAGCGACCCCCUUAUACAACUACGCUCUCUCUUCACGAACUUCCUAGGCUUGUCACAGCGAUUUUUCAACGAUGAGAGGAACCUGAUUCAGCGAAAUCGCUCACCUCGAAUGCAAAGUCCGCUAUCUUACCCCAUCGACCCGCAUCCGUGGUCUUGGGAUACCAAUGAGUUUCUCUUAGACCAAUUUCUCUUCACAGGGUCAGGAGAAUACUUUGACAUGGCGAAUAUUCCAGAGACUGAUGUAUCUUUGCCAUACAGCAAUUCUGGCUUUGAAUGA